AUGCAGCAGUUCCGAGACGAUCCUAUCUUCUCAGUCAAGACAAGGAAAGAGAUGGAAAACCAUUUCAAUGGCAUGUUCAAAGCUUUCUUCAAAUCGACUGAGGAGCAGCAGGACUUGCGCGCCAAGUUCGAGUUGCGCAUGAAGAAUCUUAUCAAAGACGAGGACUUGCAGAAGAAGCUGAUUCCAUCCUUUGAAGUAGGAUGUAGGCGGAUCAACCCCGGGGAAAGUUAUCUGGUGGCGCUGCAAAAGCCGAACGUGCAGGCUGUUUUCGAACCGAUCGAGGCCAUUGCGAAGGAAGGUAUCCUCGUUGGCGGUCACGUUCGACGGGCAGAUGUUCUGAUUGCUGCUACUGGCUUUGACACAACGUUCCGACCGCGCUUCCCUAUCAUCGGACGGGAAAACAACAACUUGCAAGAUCUGUGGGAAUCAAACCCUGUCUCAUACAUGGGAACAGGCGUGGCGGGGUUCCCAAACUAUCUCAUGUUCCUGGGACCAAAUACACCAAUCUCAAACGGUAGCCUAAUGGGUUCUCUCGAGGCAACAAGCGAUUACUUCAUCCGAAUGCUGCGCAAAGUUCUGAGAGAGGAUGUCAAGACAUUUGACGUCGCCGAAGCCGCCCAGAAAGAUUUCGACACACACACGCAGAGUUUUAUGAGACAAACGGUUUGGACAGGAGCUUGUAGAAGCUGGUUCAAAUCCGGUCCUGGAGGCAAGGUCACAGCUCUGUGGCCCGGAAGCUCGCUUCACUACAUGCAAGUCCUCGCAGAGAACAAAUGGGAGAACUACAGUUGGACCUACCGUGGGAAUCGAUUUGCUCACUGGGGCAAGGGCAUGUCCUGGAUCGAAGAUCCUGCUGGAGAUGGCUUGGGCAUUGAUGCAUCCGAAGCUCUGCGAUCUCGCACAAUUCCGUUCAAAGGGGCAGACCUUAGCUACUACAUUAGCGAGUGUGAGCCACUCUCUGUAGAUGACAUUGAUGACCACGCAGGCGUGCAAGAGACACUGGUGGGCGAUGUACAUAUAUAA